AUAUAGCAACCCACUUCUCUUGGAAAUAGAAUGACAUGUCAAACUGUGUUAUUUAUUUUUCUGUGCAGUAUUGGAUCAAUGAAUAUAUUUCUGGCCUGGGUAUUGGUGUUUAUCAUACUGGUAUAGAAGUGUAUAAUCGAGAGUUUGCAUAUGGUGGCCACCAGUUUCCAUUUACCGGAGUGUUCGAAAUAAUUCCCAGAGAUGCUUCUGAUUUAGGAGAAACAUUCAGAUUCAAAGACAGUAUUGUGCUUGGAAUGACUGAUUUCACUCAAAGUGAUGUUGAAAAAAUAGUGGAACAGCUUGGCAAAGAAUACAAGGGAUGUGCAUACCAUCUUAUGCAUAAGAAUUGUAACCAUUUCACCUCUGCCUUGUCUCAGAUACUUUGUGGUCGGUCCAUCCCAAGGUGGAUUAACAGAUUAGCUUACAUGAGCACAUGCGUUCCUUUUCUACAGAGAUGUCUUCCACAAGAAUGGCUAACACCUGUAGCUCUUGCAAACCACAUUGGAGAGCAACAUGAUCAAUUUUCUGAUUUUACUUCAACAACACAAGGUCGGACGUAACAAAAAUAAUGGGAUAUGUUUUGUUUAUUCAAACUGGAGUAUCCUAGGAUUAAAUGUACUUCAACUAUUUUUUAAAAUACCUUAUUAUACCAUUAUAUUAAUCAACAGAACAAAGUAUGCUAUCUUUGUCAUUUACUUCACCCAACAAAUUAACCUUUCUUUCUGGUUUACUAAGUGUAUCAACUCAAUAAUAAAAAAAAAGCUUGAAAUUAAUCACAACAAUUUUUUAAUAAUUUGACAGUUUUCAUUUUCACACUGGUAAAUAUGUUGUAUAAAACUCACUACAGUAUUUAGAUGCACAUGGUGUUUAGAGAUUGUGUCUACCCAAUUUAAAUACCAAAAUCAACCAAAAAAUGAGUUUACAAGUAAAACUACCUUGUGCUCUGUUCGUCAAGUAAUUUUUAGUUCAGAAAAAUUGUCCCUUCUAAUUAGUUCCUCUAGCACUUUUAUUUUGAAUAAAGAAACAAAGAGGAAAUUGUGUUAGCCUACUCUUUAAUUAAACUUAUGUACGCAACUCUUAUUAUUUUACUGCAGCAGUGACAGCAAUGGCAAAUUUUGGUAUUUUUCUAUCAAUAACUGCUUUGAAAAUUUGACAUGAUUUGUGGUCUUUAUAUUUGUUUCGAUCUUUCUUCAGUAACAAUGAAGAUAGAAUUUUGAAUAAAUAUAUAGAAAUCAA